AUGGCGGACUCACAAUCACAAUCGCAAUCACAGCAAUCGGCCGGCCUGUUGCUCGAUGAAUACCGAUUCCCAGUUCACCGCCUGCAACUGCACGACGUCGAGCCUGGCAAGACCCCGCUAGUGCUUGUCGCUUGUGGCAGUUUCUCCCCAACAACAUUCCUCCACUUGCGAAUGUUUUCGCUGGCCUACGACUAUGUCAAGGCCAACACCAACUUCCAAGUCGUUGGCGCAUACCUUUCCCCCGUCAGCGAUGCCUACAAGAAGGUCGGUUUGGCACCCGCACAUCACAGAAUCCGUAUGGCCGAGCUCGCCGUGCAAAGGAGGACAGCGACUGCCGACUGUCUAAUGGUCGACCCUUGGGAGGCUAUUCACACCGAUUACAUGCCCACUGCCAAGGUGUUAGACCACUUCGAGCACGAACUGAACGGCCAAAUCGGCGGCGUCGAAGACACGAAUGGCGUCAAGCAUCCUAUACGAAUUGCUCUUCUCGCUGGUGUAGACCUUAUCCAGACCAUGGGCACUCCAGGUGUCUGGAGCCAAGAGGAUUUGGCCCAUAUUCUCGGUCAAUAUGGCGCUUUUGUCGUUGAACGUGCCGGUACCGAUUUCCAGGAAGCCGUGGGUAGUUUGAAGGAGUGGGAGAACAACAUCUACUACAUCCCACAGACUGUGAUCAACGAGAUAUCCUCCACUAAAGUCAGGCUGUUGUCCAAGAGGCGUAUGAAUAUUGACUACCUAGUACCCACCGAGGUGGUCAACUAUAUCGCCCAGCACGGCCUUUACCAAGAUGAAGACACACCUGCUGGCGGCAAGCUCAAGGAAAAGGCUUGA